AUGCCCGAUUCCGCCUCCCCCGCCGCCGCCAAGCCCGAUCCGGAGAUGCCGCCCCGGAGAUCCCUCGCCGGCGGCGGCGGAAAGCUCAAGAAGCCGCUCACCGGCAAGCUCCGCGCCGCCGCCGAGGAGCGCCUCGCCCAGCUCCGCGCCAAGUUCCGCCUGCACCCGCCGGCGGCCCCUCCGGCCUCCCUCGCCGCCCACGAGGCCGCGCUCCGCUCCGUCGGCCUCCUCGAUUUCGCGCGGCUGGACCUCCAGUCCGAGCCCGCGCGCCCCGACCUCGUCUCCCAGCUCGUCGCCUACUACGACCCGGCCCAGCACCGCAGCUUCGUCUGGGACACCCGCCUCGCCGUCUCCCGCACCGACUUCGCGCGCGCGCUCUCCCUCCCGCCCAGGCCCGCCCCUGCGGCCUCCCCGCCCGACGACGUCGACCCCGCGGCGCUGGUCUCCGCCGUCCUGGAGUUCAUGCGCGUCUACGUCCUCCCCGCGUUCACCGGCGCCGACAUGUGCGUGUUGCCGCCGGAGGUGGCCGCCGCGGAACAGGCGGUCAAGGACGAGUCCGCGCAUAGGGUUGACUGGGCCGGCCUGAUCUGGGGCCUCGUUGAGAAGGAGAUCCUCGAGUUACCCAAGAGGGAUGACGGGGUGUGCUACUUCGGGCCGUAUCUUCAGAGGCUCAUCUUGACGCAGAAGCCGGAUCUGCUGAAGCCGCUGGAGGAGGAAGAGAAGAGGGAGGCUGCCCUGGAGGUGGUGUCUUUAGAGGACGAUGAUGAUGAUGGCGAUGUGGCCAAGAGCUCGGAUGAGCUGGAGCCGAGGGAUACAAAUGCUGAUGUGACGAGCAAUCCUGUGGAAGAAGCAUCAGAGAUGGAUGUUGCACCUGUGAGGAGCAAUAUCUUGGACGAGUCGGAGCCCGGGGAUGCAGAUGGUGACACAAAGAGCAAGAUCUUGGAGGAACCAGAGAUAAAGGGUGCGUCUUCGAGGAUCAAUGACUUGGAGGCGUUGAAGCCAGGGGAUGCAGAUGCUGAAAUGAGUAGCAAGGAAAUCUUGGAGGAAUCAAAGAUAGAGCGUGCACACAAUAACUUGGAUGAGCUGGAAGCGGGGGAUGCAGCUGCUGACACGAGUAGCAAGGAAAUCUUGGAGGAAUCAAAGAUAGAGAGUGCACACAAUAACUUGGAUGAGCUGGAGGCGGGGGAUGCAGAUGCUGACAUGACUAGCAAGGAAAUCUUGGAGGAAUCAAAGAUUAAUCUUGAUGAGUUGGAGGCAGGGGAUGUAGAUGAUGAUCUGAGGAGCAAGACCUUGGGUGAAACAGAGGCAGAUGGUGCGCAUUUGAGGAGCAGUAACUUGGACGAGCAGCUGGAGUCGGGGGAUGCAGAUGCUGAGACGAGGACCAAGAAUAUCUUGGAGGAAUCAGAGAUAGAGGGUGCACAACCUUUGAAGAGCAAUAACUUGGAUGAUUUAGAGUCGGGGGAUGUGGAUGCUAAUGCAAGGAGCAAGAUAUCAGAGGCAUCGAUGGUGGUGGAUGAUGAUGCAAAUGACAUGAACUUGGAUGAACCAAAUGUGGGGGAUGAAUUGGGUCUGGAUUUUGUUGCACCGGAACCACUAGCUGUUAUUCAUGAAGCGAGGACUUCAAAUGACGAGGUUCCAGGAAAGAAGUUAUGCGAGGGAGAUGAAGGUGUAUCAGUGAGUCCAGCACAGGAGGAUGGAAGUCCAGAGAUGGUGUCUAUGACACAGGAGGAAGUGCUAGCAGUGGCGGAGGAGGAUGUGGAGGAAGAAUGUGAAGAAGAGAGAGGCACAGCAGGGUGGAUCAGCUCUGCCAAUGACGAUGACAGUAUGGAUGCUGAAGAGAAUGCAUUUGUGCAAAAUCUGGAUGAGAGCGAUAAUGAGGAGGGAGAGGAGUCAGAGCAGGAUGGAUUUGAGGGGUAUAGGGGUGGGAUGGAGAUGGGUUGGAGGAUGGAGGAUGAGAAUGGGGGUGAGGGUGCAACAAAUUCCUUUCCGGGGAUGCAGUUCGAGAACUUGAAUAAAGGGAAUGUCGGAAUGAGGGAUGUCAUGAGCUUUGAUGAUGGAUUCUCCGAAAAAUUGGGAUCCUUGCAUGGGAUGGGAUCAACGAACCUCCUUCAGGCAAUGAAUUCGAUUCCCACGGAAUACAAUGGUACGGAGAACGUACAUGAUCUUCCCUCUGGAGAAUUCUUGGCUAUGGGAGCUGAUGCACAUAAGAAUGGAGUGGACCUGGGGACUGGGAGUUCAUUUUUAUUUGGAAAUAAUGGGAAAAGGCACAUUGGGGAUAUUGACGGGUACAAUGACCAGAUGGAAGCACAGCAGCAGUUUCUGCAGGGCAAUCAACAAAAACGUGCUCGGAACUGCAACAAUAGUGUAUCAUCUGGAUCAGCAUUCUUUAAUGCAAAUAUUUCAGAUCCAAUACAUACCUUGUUGUUGAAGGCCAGCAUCUCCUAUGAACAGAAGGAUAGAGAUAUUCAAGAAGCGCUGUCACAGAAACAAUAUAUGGCCAACUUGCUGCAGGAGAAGGACACAAUUAUUCAGACGUUAAACGCAGCCAGGUUUGAGCAAGAGAAUAAGUAUCAAGCAAAGCUUAGGUACUUUGAGCAUGAUCUGAAUGUGAUGGGCCAGUUGGUCAGUGGCUAUAAGAAGGCUUUGAAACAGAGUCAGGCCUCUUUCAGUGAGUACAGAAAGAAGUUCCCUUCGAACAAGUUCCGUUAUCAUGAUGUUCCUAAUAGUGGAGGCCUUGUUGUUAGCGUCAAUGAGUUGGAGAGGAAACGGCAGGAGGAAGAGCAGCAGAAACUUGCUGCAGCAAAUGAGAUGAUUGAAAAUUUCCAGCAUCAAUGGUUUUCAAAGGCUGAAGAUUGGACAAACCAAAUCGUCUCUUUGGGCAGCAACAUAGAAGAGCUGGCUAGGGAGAUUGAUCUUCUAAAGGAAAAAAGAGAAGCGAAGUUUGCAACAGUGGCUACAGAAGAAUUAGUUCUCUGAUAGUUAGAGGUUGUAAUGUGAAGAUGGGACUCUUGGAUGGUGCGCUCCAAUUCAUUCGAUGCCUUGCAUCAACGGCAGCCGCGAAUCAGCAGCUGUAGCUACAUUGUUGUGCAUUUGUAGACUGUAGCGAAGACUUCAUUAUUCCAGCUGGAACUUAAAUGUAUCGUUGUCGAAGGACGUUUUAAUGACUAGUACUAGUGCUAUAUUAGAGGGCCUUUUGGUUCAGUUAAUUGGCUCAA